GCCCGCGGUCGGUUUGUAAGUUUGAAAACAAAAUGGCGGCACACUUUGGACACGGAAGGCGGAGAGGACAAAGAAAUGUGAACGUGGAACGUCAAAUGGAUCAAAAUUGGAGAACUGCUCCAAGGUCUGGAUCUCCUAGCUCAUCACUGGUCAAUGGUAGUCCUCAUCUGUCAUACAAAAGAGAGCCUACAACAUCUGCCGACUAUGAAUAUAAAAGGAAUGUUGAAUUUUUAAAAAGAGAAUGGAAAAAGUUUGAAGCAGAGCAUAGGAGCAGAAAAGGUAUGAUAAAAAAAAGCUUGCCAUGGUACUUUAAAAAUAUGUUUGUUUGUUUUUCAUUAAAAAUAUAGUUUUUAUAUCCUGGAUGAAACUGCCAAAACAGUUUUUAUCAAUGUUUUUAUUGCACAUAGUACUCCGAUAUCAAUGUACAUGUAAUCAAGCCACUCCAAACUUUCUACCUUCCCCACCCCCAUGCAAUUUGUUUUUGGUCUUGUGUUAUCCAAAAUAACAUUGCAAACCACCAUUCAUUUAUAACAGCACUUUGGAUUUUAGUCACUCAAUAUAACUGGAAAUAUAGAUAAUUUUUCAAUUUGUCUCAUCUAGUUCUAUCCAGAGUUGUUAGUGUUACUAUCCUUUGUGCACCAGGAAAGGAAUAUCCGCAGAGCAUCAUCUGUUCUGCAAUAGUCUUUUUUAAAAUUAUACCAGAGGAAACUUUAAUUUACAUCUAUGCCUGUUACUCUCAGGUCUUUGUAUAAGUAGGUAAAAUAAUGUGAGAGUUGGCCUAAGUGUCCCAUGCUAUCAGUCAAGAGCUAAUAUCCUGUAUUUUAUGGUGUUAAACAAUUAACAGUGUUUCUAAUCCCCUGGAUGGCUUGCCACACAAUGGCCAUUGCAGGGUUAACUCACCCCACCCCCCAAGCAUUAAAUUUGCUAGUACCCCCAUACCACUUGGAUGGAGAGUGCUACUGUGAAGGUAAACUGUCUUGUCCACAAACACAGUGCAAUGACCCUGGCCAGGACUCAAACCUGGAUUAUUCCACUGGAACUUGGCAUGCUUACUAUUGGGCCACAAGUGA